CUGACAGGAGGGAGCGGCCAUGGCCGGCGGCGCCUUCGAGGAGCGCUGCGUGUCCGUGCUGUGCUGCCGCUUCUGCUCGCAGGUGCUGAGCUCGCGGGGCAUGAAGGCCGUGCUCCUGGCCGACCCCGACACCGACCUGUACUCCACAGACAUCCCGCCCUCGGGUACUGUUGAUUUUAUCGGGAGCUGCUAUUUCACAGAGAUCUGCAAAUGCAAACUGAAGAACAUCGCGUGCUUGAAGUGUGGUAACGUUGUGGGUUAUCAUGUGAUUUCUCCCUGCAAACCUUGCCUGCUGUCCUGCAACAACGGCCACUUGUGGAUGUUCCAUAGCCACGCAGUCUUUGGCAUCAACAGACUAGACCCUUCUGGUGUGAAUGUUUUGCUCUGGGGCAACUUGCCAGAUUUGGAGGAAAGCACAGAUGAAGAUAUGUCUUGCACCUCUGAGGAAGAGUAUAUUAGAUAAAUUUUACUUACAAUGUACUACAGCAUCUUCCCUAGAUUCCUUACAUUGUUGUUUUAUUCGAAUAUAUUUUUCUUUUCCUGCUGACCUGUCACAGUCUAAUCAAUACAGGCAACCAGAAAAUCUGGAAAACAAUCCUAAAAAAGGAAGGUUUCAUCUUCCUCUUUCACUGUAGCCUGCCUUACACGCUAGGCAGAUGCGAGAGUCUGUCUUCUGACUAGAGACACACCUUGAUUAGACGUGAAAUGCAGAUGGAAGGUGCUUUUACUGAGGUCUAGGUCUGAUUUGUUCUUUGCCUUUAAGUUCUAAGAGUUAACAAUCCUUCUCAACUGUAUUUUUCUUCUUUCCUAAAGCAAUAUUCAGAGAGCAAAGUUUCUCAGUUGCUGCAACUACCGCUGAAAAAUGUUAAGUAUUAGUCAAUCUGGCUGACGAAGUUCUGAAAAAGCUCUGCUUUUGUGGUUGCACAGCCCAUUGCCCAAAGCUUCUCUUCUGAGUGUACAGAGUUGCUGAAUAAGUGGCUGCAAGCGUUGGCGCUUUGGCUCUAUGCUCUGGCUCUCCUGCUUUCGGCAGUUUGUUCUCCAGGCACCCGACACGUGCUAGGAUGCUCCUGAAGGUGGGCUGGGGACCUGUCUUCCCGUCUUCAUCUUUCAGUACUUUAGGAUCAUGUUUCUGUAGAGAUUUUUCCCCUUGUCAAGUAGGCAUCCCUCCAAAACAGAACUCAGUCAUCCUGUUGGGUCUUCUUAGAGAAAGAAAAAAGAAAUCAGGUUAAAUAUUUGGUGUUCAUGCCUAACCUUACAUCCUGAAGCGUACAGACAAUCUGGUUACUGUAAGAAUUAAUGGAUUCAAAGCUCAUUAUCCAAGUUGUUACAGGCAUAGUAUUUAACUUCUAUAAACUAAAUGCUGUCUCCUUCAGCUCCUUCCCUGAAGGAUCACCUUUGCAAAGCCAAAGGCACAAUCGUACAAGAGAACAGAGUGCAUUUUUAAACUUGGACUGAUGCUGAAUGAAUCAUUCUAUUGCCUCUUGCAGUACCUGGAAGAGCUGCAAUAAAGGCAGAUUUGAAUUGUCUUAGUAAUUUUACUGUAUGUUAUAUAUUUCUUAAUUAAUGGUACUACCUCUUCUGCAUUGUUUAAAUGUAUAUUGUUAUAUAUAUGUGUGUACAUGGGCUUGUAUGUGUUGUCAUGUUUUGACUUCCUGUGUUAUAGAAUCAUAGCAUAGUUUGGGUUGGAAGGAACCCUAAAGAUCAUCUGCUCACUAAAUGAAAGUUUGUGUAAUG